UCUCAAGCAGGCGACGACCUAAGGCUAAAUCUUUAAAUGCAAGUAGGUCACACUCACACAUCUGAUCUUCUCUCUUAAUAGCUAAGCAAAGAUUCAUUUCUCUAUUUCUUCCAUCUCCUUACAAAACUCUCUCUCUCUUUCUCUAUUGAAUAAGUUUCACUGCUCUGUUUUGUCUCUGUCUCUCUAUUGAAUAAGCUCCAUUACUCUGUUUUCUUCUUCCUCUUUCUAUUGAAUAAGCUCCAUUACUCUGUUUUUUUUCUUUGUAUCUUUAUUAAAUAAACUCCACUGCUCUGUUUAUUAUUAUAUCUCAACUGAAUAACCCUCCACUGCUCUGUUCUCUUCCUGUUAUAUUCGGAAGGCUUAAUCUUUUUUGGCGUUCUUGAAGAAAAAUGGCAUCUUAUAGAUCCCAACCUGUGGGAUGCACACUCUCGCCGUGUCCCUAUCUCGGUAACUUCGUCGAACGGAUUAAAGACGCAUGUCGUUUCCUCGUCUCAGCUGUUCUAGGCACAGUUCUCUCGGCCAUCUUGACCUUCUUCUUCGCUCUAGUGGGCACAUUGCUUGGAGCAGUCACAGGAGCCUUAAUAGGCCAAGAAACAGAGAGUGGUUUCAUACGUGGAGCAGCGGUUGGAGCCAUCUCAGGAGCUGUUUUCUCCAUCGAAGUCUUCGAAUCAUCUCUUCUUCUCUGGAAAUCUAAUGAAUCGCGUUUCGGAUGCCUCCUCUACUUGAUUGAUGUCAUUGUUAGUCUUAUAAGCGGUAGACUUGUACGAGAACGCAUAGGUCCAGCAAUGCUAAGCGCGGUUCAAAGUCAGAUGGGAGCUGCGGAUGCAACUUUCGAUGAUCUUUCGAGCAUCUUCGACACCGGUGGCUCAAAAGGGCUAACAGUAGAUGCGGUUGAUAAAAUACCCAAAAUCAUAAUCACCGGGAGAAACAGCUUAGAUGCUUCUGGGAACAAAGACUCGUGUUCUGUCUGUCUUCAAGAUUUUCAGCUCGGUGAAACCGUGAGAAGCUUGCCACAUUGUCAUCACAUGUUCCACUUGCCUUGUAUAGACAAUUGGCUCCUCAGACACGGAUCUUGUCCAAUGUGUAGACGUGAUUUGUAAACCUCUCUUCCUUUUCUUACCAUUUUGCACAGUCUCUUUUCUAUAUGGCCGUGUUAGUCUUUUUUUAUAUGUACAAACAAAAUGGAAAAGAAAAUAAGUUUUGAAACUUAGAAAAACUCUGACCAAAUUCAUUUAAUAGAUUGUGUUGGCCUCACCAAA